AUGUCUUCUAUUUUUGACGAUUGUUUUAUUACACUUGCUGGUGUGUUUACUAUAGGUAACCAUACGCACCUCACUUCCAUUAUUAAUAAGCAUGGCGGAAAAGUUGCUCAAAAUUUAUCCAAAAAAUCUACUCAUUUAAUAAUCAAUGAAGACGACUAUAAAAGGGGAAAUUCUAAGGUCUUCCUUGCUAAAAAUAAAUUUGCUGAUCGAGUAUCAAUUGUGACUUGGAAAUGGGUUGAAGAUUCUAUUGAAAAAAAUGUAAAAUUGGAUGUAUCAGAUUAUGUUCCAUCAGAUGAUACUGAGGAUAUUGAUAUGGAAAACGCGGAUGAGAACUCUACUGCAACUGGAAAACGUAAUAAGGAUGAUGACGGAAAUGAUCAAGUUGAUGAUGUCAGGCCUUCGCGAAAACGUAGACGCACCGCUAAAAAUGAUAAUGAUAAUGAUAUGACUCAGAAUUCAACCACAGUUGAUACUACAACAACUGCUAUCUCUACGACCUCGAUAAUUACGACUACAGCUGGGACUUCUUCGAAAAAGAGAAAAGGGAAUAUAACUGAUAAAACUACUAAAGGUUCUAUUAAUAAUCAAGAUCAGGGUAAUAGCGAUCAGAGUGACAAAGUUGCGGCUACACAAAUUGUCGAGGAGAAAAGGAUGGUUAAAGUUGUGAUUAAGGGUCAAGCACCUGUUGAUGAAAAAUUCUUUAUGAAGAAUUCUGUACACGUUUAUUCUGAUGAUGAAGCUAUUUGGGAUGCCCUUCUUAACUUAACUAAUAUUGGUAAUAACAACAAUAAAUUUUUUGUAAUUCAACUUUUACAAACCGAUUCUCUUGAUGAUUACUACGUGUUUUGCAGAUGGGGAAGAGUAGGAUAUGGUUCUAAAGGUCAAUCAACUACUUAUGGUCCAACAAUAUUGGGUAGUGCAAAAUUUGAAUUCUCAAAAAAAUUUAAAGAAAAGACUGGUAAUGAUUGGUCUACCGUAUGCCAGGACAUCUCUAAUUUUGUUCCAAAGAAUAAAUCUAAUCUUCAUCCAAAAGUUCAAGAUAUCAUGAAAAUGAUAUUUGACGUUAAUCAAUGGAAAGAGUCAAUGAAAGAAUUAGAAUAUGAUGCUGCAAAAUUACCUUUGGGUAAAAUUGCAAAAAGUACUAUUAACCAAGGAUACAGUGUACUUAAACGAAUAGAAGCCGUGUUUAUGGGAAAUUCUACCGAAAGUCUGGAGGAAUUGUCUAAUGAAUUUUACACUGUAAUUCCACACUCAUUUGGCAUGCGAAAACCACCUAUCAUUAAUAACAUAAAUUUACUCAAAACUAAAUUGGAUAUGGUUGAAACCUUGGGAGAAAUUGAAAUCGCUUCUACUUUGAUUAAAGGAAGUGAUGAAACCAUCAAUCCAUUGGAUGCUCAUUACAAAUCUCUUAAAUUAGGAAGAAUGGAGCCUUUGGAUCAUAAUUCUAAAGAAUUCAAAAUGGUGGUCGAUUAUGUUAAGAAUACACAUGGAGCUACACAUAAUUACUUUAAACUUGAAGUUCUGGAAGUGUUUGAUUUGGAACGUCAAGGUGAAAGAGAAAGAUUCGAGCCAUAUUCCAAAUUGCAAAACCGAGCUUUAUUAUGGCACGGAAGCCGUAAAACUAAUUUUGCUGGCAUCUUAAGCCAAGGAUUACGCAUUGCGCCUCCGAGUGCUCCUGUAACCGGUUAUAUGUUUGGGAAAGGAGUUUAUUUCGCAGAUUCCGUAUCAAAAUCUGCUCAAUACGUUCAUAAUACUAGCAAUGAUAACAUUGGCCUCAUGCUUCUCAACGAAGUUGCUUUGGGAAAUAUGCUUGAGUUAAACUCCGCCGACUAUGAUGCAGGAAUAAAAGCAAAGAACGCAAAUUUUCAUUCUGUUAAGGGUUGUGGAAAGAAUGUUCCCGAUAUGAAUAGUUUCAUUAAGCUGAAUAAUGGCUGCAUUGUACCAAGCGGAAAAUUACAAGAAAAACAUCGUGAUAAAUUUCUUUUUUACAAUGAAUAUAUUGUCUACGAUGAAGCUCAAAUUAUGCAGAAAUUUUUGAUCAAGAUGAAGUUUCGUUAA